AUGGAACCUCAGAAUCUUACAGGCAUCUCAGAAUUCCUCCUCCUGGGCCUCUCAGAGGAUCCAGAGCUGCAGCCCCUACUCUUCGGGCUGUUCCUGUCCAUGUACCUGGUGACCGUCCUGGGGAACCUGCUCAUCAUCCUGGCCGUCGGCUCUGACCCCCACCUCCACACCCCCAUGUACUUCUUCCUCUCUAGUCUGUCCCUGGCUGACACUGGUUUCAGCACCACCACCAUCCCCAAGAUGCUGGUGAACAUCCAGACCCACAGAAAGUCCAUCUCCUAUGCAGGCUGCCUCACCCAGGUGUCCUUCUUUUUUCUUUUUGAGUGUUUAGACAGCAUACUCCUGGCCGUGAUGGCCUAUGUCCGGUUCGUGGCCAUCUGCCACCCCCUGCACUACCCAGCCAUCAUGAGGCCCCAUCUCUGUGGUUUGUUAGUCCUGCUGUCCUUUCUCAUCAGCCUUUUGGACUCCCAGACUCACUGCUUGAUGGUGUCCAAACUUGGUUUCUGCACAGAUGUGGAAAUCCCUCACUUCUUCUGUGACGUCCCUCAGCCUCACCUUGCCUGCUCUGACACCUCCACCUGUAACAUAGUCAUAUUUCUUGUUGGGACGAUCUCCAGGUUUCUCCUCAUCUCAGGAAUCAUUUUCUCCUACUAUAGAAUUGAUUCCUCCAUUCUGAGAGUCCCCUCAGCAGGGGGGAAGUCCAAAGCCUUCUCCACCUGUGGCUCUCACCUGGCCGUGGUUUGCUUGUUUUAUGGCGCAGGCCUAGGUGUGUACGUCACUUCGGCUGCUUUGUCUUCCCCGAGGAGUGAUGCGGUGGCCUCGGUGGCAUAUGCGGUGGUAACCCCAAUGCUGAUCCCCUUCAUCUACAGCCUGAGGAACAGGGACCAAAAGGGGGCGCUGUGGAGGACUGUCCGCACGGCAGAUAUCCUCCCCCUGCACCCCAUCAGCUCACAGUGCUCUCCACUUGGGGUUCCUGGUGGGUCACAUUCCCUGCUGUACCAGCUAUUGGAAGAGUGUCAAAGCUACACAGAAUCACAAAAUCUAACAGGCGUCUCAGAAUUCCUCCUCCUGGGCCUCUCAGAAGUCCCAGAGGUGCAGCCCCUCCUCUUCUGGCUGUUCCUGUCCAUGUACCUGAUUACUGUCCUGGGGAACCUGCUCAUCAUCCUAGCUGUUGGCUCUGACCCCCACCUCCACACCCCCAUGUAUUUCUUUCUCUCCAGCCUGUCCCUGGCUGACAUUGGUUUCACCUCCACCACAGUCCCCAAGAUGCUGGUGAACAUCCAGACCCACAGCAAGUCCAUCAACUACUCAGGCUGCCUCACCCAGAUGUGUUUUGUCAUGGUUUUUGGAAGAAUAGACACUUUUCUCCUCACCGUGACGGCCUAUGACUGGUUUGUAGCCAUCUGUCACCCUCUGCACUACACGGGCAUCAUGAGUGCCCAUCUCUGUGGCCUCCUGGUGCUUGUGCCCUGGCUCAUCAGCUUGUCAUACUCCCUGAUGAAGAGUCUGUUGAUCGCGCUGUCCUUCUGCUCCAGACGGGUAAUUCCACACUUGUACUGUGCACUCGCUCAGGCCCUCACGCUUGCCAGCUCAGACACACUCAGCAGUCACACCCUGCUGUACGUGGUGGCUGCCUUUCUGGGCAUUGUCCCCUUCUCGGGGAUCCUUUUCUACUAUACCAAGAUUGCAUCUACAUCUUCAAUAUUGAAAAUCCCAUCAGCUAAUGGGAAACCUAAGGCCUUUUCUACCUGUGCAUCUCACCUGUCUGUAGUUUCUUUAUUCUAUGGGGCAGGGCUUGCUGUGUAUCUCAGUUCCAAUGCACGUUCUCAGAAGGGCAUGAUUGGCUUGGUGAUGUACACGGUGGUCACACCCAUGCUGAACCCCUUCAUCUACAGUCUGCGGAACAAAGACAUGAAGGGGGCCUGAAAAAAGCUUUUGGGAGAAAACUCUAUGAUCACUGAAGAGAAGGCUGGUUGUGGGGUUUUGAUUUGA